AUGGAAGUCAUCCGUGCAUGGUCCCCGGGGCAACCCGGAGACCUGCUGGCGCCGAGUAGCUCCGGAGUACGAGACGUUUUGCGCUUCCCCUGUUCAAGGAAUCGCAGUUUCACGGUCAGCAGCGACAUGCCACCCGGAUGGCUGUCGUAUACGCCGAUCGACUCGUCGGUUCUCGUGGUCCUUGACGGCGCACGUGUCGACUACGCGCUUCAAGACCCUACUCUGAAGCCUGGAGAGCCUCGUGCGGUGUUUACCAACCACAUGCCACUAUACCACGAGUACCUGGAGUCUUCGACCACCCGCAACUAUAGCCGAUUCUUCCGUUUCGAGGCCCCCACACCGACCUUCACAACGUACUCUUUCAAAUGCCUGUUUACAGGCGAAACCCGUCGCGGCAACAUGGUGGCGGGGGCGGCUACCGCGCUGCAGCUCCAGAUCGACAAUUUCGGCAACCAGGUGACGUACAACGGCGACAAGCUAUGCAUAAUGGGCGAUGUGACAUCUAGGGAUUUACUGGGCCUCGAACGAGUGUUUCUGAAUUACACAGGCCAAGGCAGCGACAUUUAUGACAUGGUGUACCCCGACUCCCUGGUUAGCUCACAUUACGCGGAAUGCAUAGACAAAUGCGACGUUAACGUUUUGCAUUUGCUUGCCAUAGAUCACCUGGGUCACAGUGGCAAGCGAGUCAGCGCGGACAUGACGUACUACCUGGAUGAUUACGACGCGUUCAUACGUCAAAUCAUUGCGCGGUCUUUCCAGAAGUCUAACACCAUGGUGUUUGUCUUUGGUGAUCACGGUCAGAAGACGAAUGGGUCCCACGGUGGCGCCACCAAGGAGGAGGUUGAUUCGUUUUUGUUCGUCACGUCUGACUUAGAGCUGCGCAAAGUAUCGAGUGAUAUGUGCGACCUUGACGACGCGCCUACUGGGUACGCCAGGGAACACAACGUGCUGAACGGCCAUACGUCUCUAAGCUACCCUGUGAGCAAGUCGGCGCACAUUAACAUAGCAAGCUCUUUGUGCCUUCUGACGAACAAGCCCGUGCCUUUUCAUUCGGAGGGCAGCAUAAUCAAGGAGAUAGUGCCGCUUAUAAAGGACUCGCGCGGCAACGUGAACAAGCUCCUUUCAGUGAAGUACCUGACGCAGUUGCUUCACGUGGUGGCGCAUAACGCGUUGCGCACCAUCGACACGACGAUACCGGAAUCUGAGAAGCAGAAAUACAAGUGCAAGUACGCUGCAGUGCUCCGCGAACGUAAGGUUCUGUCGCACUACUACGGCUUCUUACGCAGCAUGGGCCGUGACCAGGUGGACCCCGCCGUGAUGAUGGAUAUAUGUAACUCCUACAUCAAGCAGUGUGAGCGCCUGAUUGCAGCCUCCAAGCAGAUGAUUGCCGUCACCAACAUGUUCCUGACUCCGGAAUAUAUGGUUCUCUCGACCCUGUUAAUGGUAGUAGCGUGGCUGUUAUCGGCAUAUUUGUUGCUGGUUGCAUGCCGCAUCUGCCACGUGCGGAAAUUAUCGGAAGACGAGUUGGCCUUUUUCGAAGCCCAGAAUUUUCCCUCGAUGGUUAGGAUUAUGGUACGCGGGUUCGUAAAGUUGGUUUUGGCCGGGGGUGUCGCUUGGACAAUUUCGUCGCAAAUCGACCAGGUUAGCCAACAGGUACAGACGGGCGUCGCCGUGCCUAACCGCGUGGCGAAUAGCGUAUUCAAGCGUGCCAUAAUGCCAUUUGAGAAGUGGUGCGAUAUCGAUGCACCGAGUCCAGGGUUCUAUUUUGCGUGUUACUUCGUUUUGUCUUUUGUGUUGUUGUUCUUGUUGGACGUUCCAUUUUUCAUUCGAAAUUUCUUGAUGCUGUAUCGUGAGCGGAAGUACUACGCUCAAGCGCUGCCAAGUGGCAAAUCUGAAGGCCGCCUGAGUUCGAUACUUUCCCAUAUGUCAGGUGUGAACCCUGUUCUUGUUGUAGUGAUUCUUUACAUCGCCCUCGCCGUGAUGACGAUCGUAGCGCAAUGCGCCAUUGUCUCACAUGACAUUGUAUUGCGCCACGUUAUCGUUUUGAGCCUCUACAUGGCAAUGUUCCCGGCGGUGAAGCGCACUGGGUCGUUGAGUUUGUACGGUGCGUACCGGAACUUCGGCGUUUUGUGUUUCGUGUUGAAGUUUUCAUACCUGAUCCACCACUUCGAAGAGCGCCGGAACAUCGGAGAGAUGGAGCCCCAAUGGUACGUCAAGGUGAACGACAUAUUCCGCACGUUUGAAUGUGGAGCCACGGUGCUGACAGUGUACUACUGCGUGCUGCUACGUUUGACGCGGUACUCCGAGGAUAACGAAACCGCUGACGGACCGAGUUUGCCGCUAAAUGCAGUGCGUAAAAGUCCAGUGAACAGGCCAUUCCUGCGCGGAGUAUGGACCGUCCAGUAUGUAUUGUUGAUGUUCCACUACGCGAUGAAGUGCGAGUACCACUAUCUCUUCGGCCGCGUGGUUAGCUGGCUCAGCAUGAACAUGCUGAGGGCGCGUAACCCGGUGGUAGCAAAGACGCUCCUCGCCGUGUACAGCGCACGUGCCAUGGCGGCAUUUACCGUGUUGGUCUGGUUCACGCUGGCGUUGAAUUACAAAGACACAAUUUACCUGCUCAAGGGCGUCCCACACAGCCGCUCAAGCCGCAUAUUCUGGUCCUUAACGAACAUGUUCUGGAUGAUAUUGCUGCUGAACGGACCUAAGAAAUCGGUGGGUGCGUUCGCUUUCGCCCUCGUUCUCUACAACCUGUCAACGCUCUUCGUGAAGCUGAGGGUGCGGAGCCGCUUGAUCUGCACGGCACUGUUUGUGCUGUUUUGCGACUUGAUGUACUUCGUUGCUGGCCAUCAGGACUCGUUGUUCCAGCUGGACUUCGAUUCUGCAUUUUUGUUCUUCGAGGAGUACGUUGGCCUCCCGUGCGACAUCGCUGUCGUAAUCGCUUUUGCGAUCUUCAACGUUACCGCCAUAUGUGCCUUGUACUACCUGUUUGUCUUGGAGAGCGAGCAUGACUUUUUGACAACGGUGUCCGCGACUGCAACUUCCGGUCCAGCCAAAGCUGGCGCCGGCAAGCCGUCUCCGAAGGCUGACGCUUCGCCCAAGUCUGCCGAAGUAAAGCAGUUUCCAGAUUCGGAUUUGUGUUCGUGGAUAGCGUGCGACUCUUUUGAGACCGUGGCCGGGUUAGUUGGAGGCACUCAUUGA